UCCUAUCUGCCUACCCAGCUGUUCUUGUUUUCCCUCCACCACCAUUCCAGUUGUCCAGUGCUGGGUGGUUCGCAUCGGUGGCCUCACUCAACCCAGAGAUUUCUGGAGAGGGUGAAUAAAUCGAGUUUUGUCCGAGAAUACAAGCUACCGACUGCUGCUGCUGCUGCUGCCGCUGUUGCUUCCGUGCUGAAACUCAGCUUCCACCGCCAUUUCGCUGAAACCCCCCUCCCCCAAUCCGCGCCCGAACGCAACCCAACACACCUUCUUCCUCAUCGCUGUUCGUUUCGAUCUCUGCUCUGCUCACUGAUCAUGAUGAUGGAUUUCCAAAAACAUCCCCCGCCGCCACCAUACCACCCCCACCCGUCGCUGCUCGGAGCGGUGGCCCACGACCCUCGAGCGGCGCCUCCAGCGCCGCCCUCCGCGCGCGCCUACGGCCCUCCUCGACCACCAUCACCGCGACCAUACUACGAUAUGCUUCACCGACGAGAGUCCGAGAUGCCUCGAUCGGCCCCCGCGAACUCCGGGUACAAGUAUCCGACCCCGUCGUCCGCUCCCACCCCGGUUUCCUCUGUCGCGUACGCCCAUGAACCCGCCUAUGCGUCAUUACGGGCAGAAACCACCGGGUAUCACCUCGCACCAACGGGCCAUGGUUCCUCGAAGAAGCAGAAUCCUCCGACUGGACCGCGAGACUCUGACAAUCGGCAUGACCCUCCCUAUGAUCAUAAUUACCUCAAUCACCCGGACCGACGGAUGAUGUAUCGUGAAGACAGCAUCUCGGAAGGCCAGAUCAUGGAUGGGAAGGCAAUAGAUGCCAGCCAGCCAUGACCGAUGCUAAGCAUGAACAUGCUGUGUGAGCACAAUCCCUGGUAGCAGCUUGGAAAAAUCCUUCCACCUCUCCUGGUGACACAUUUCCUGCCCCCCUCCUGCACAGUUUGGUCUGGUUUGUUUAUUCUACGGACACUGCAAACUUAACACUACUCCUA